ACGCAAAGUGAAGCGUUCAACACAAUUGUAUCAGAACACGGUUUGUUCUGUGGCCAUCUAGUGGUCAUAAAAUGAAUAACGCCUUCGCUUCGUUUGAACCGAGAAGGGUCUCUUGUUUGAACCAGAUUCUGAAGCAGUCACGUGGCUUUCAAGCGAACGAAGCGUAGGACGUCAUAGAUCACGUGUGUUUGUCAAAACAAAUCGAGCUCCUCUACAGUGUUGUUUCUCGAUGCAAGCUUCGAAGCGUUGGUGUUGAACAUAACUGUUAAAACCCUGCGAUAGGAACUGUACGAGGGGAACCUCGCCAGAAAACCUGCAUUUUAUCCCCAUAUUUUGAGCAGCAAUUGGUCGAGUUUUGUCGGGGAAACUUGGCAACCCUGGAGUGGAGCGUUAUUUGUGUUAUCGGAGCGUGUGUGAGACAGCGCGUCGCGAGCGAGGGUUGAACGCCACAGACAGCGGACUCGAGGAACAUGGCAUCCGGCGAGACGCUGUACAUCGAGGCGGACGGCUCGGAGAUGCCCGCGGAGAUCGUGGAGCUGCACGAGAUCGAGGUAGAGACCAUCGAGACUACGGUGAUCGGAGACGAGCAGCCCAUGAUCGCGCUGCAGCCGCUGCUCACAGACGACCCCCGGGAGGUGAUCCUGGUCCAGACCCGCGAGGAGGUGGUCGGCGGAGACGAGUCGGAGCUCCGCGGUGAAGACGACUUCGAGGAGCGGAUCCUCAUCCCGGUGCCCACCGAGGAGCACUACAUCGGGCAGACGCUGCUGACAGUCGCGGGCAAGAGCUCCGCGGGGCGGCUGGGGAAGAGAGCGGCGUCCGGGGGCAAGAGAGCGGGCAAGAAGAGCUACCUGAGCGCGGCGGAGGCCUGCGGGAGGAAAUGGGAGCAGAAGCAGGUCCAGAUCAAGACUCUGGAGGGCGAGUUCUCCGUCACGAUGUGGUCUUCGGAUGAUAAGAAGGACGUGGAUCAUGAGACGGUGGUGGAGGAGCAGGUCAUCGAGGAGGACUCUCCUCCCGAUUUCUCCGAGUAUAUGACGGGAAAGAAGCUCCCGCCCGGAGGGAUCCCCGGAAUCGACCUGUCGGACCCCAAGCAGCUGGCGGAGUUCGCCAGGUCAGAGGUCACCUUUACUGCCCCAUUACCCCAUAGAGCCAGUAGCCCCUUCAGUCCCAGCGGAGCAGGUUUUGUUCGCAGUCCCGUCCGAAUGAAGCCGAGGAAGAUCAAGGAGGACGACGCUCCUCGGACGAUAGCCUGUCCGCACAAAGGCUGCAGUAAGAUGUUCAGGGAUAAUUCAGCGAUGAGGAAGCACCUGCACACGCACGGUCCGCGGGUUCACGUGUGCGCCGAGUGCGGGAAAGCCUUCGUGGAGAGCUCCAAACUCAAGCGGCAUCAGCUGGUGCACACCGGAGAGAAACCCUUCCAGUGCACGUUCGAGGGCUGUGGGAAGCGCUUCUCUCUGGACUUUAACCUUCGGACACACGUCCGGAUUCACACCGGGGACCGGCCGUACGUUUGCCCGUUCGACGGAUGCAAUAAAAAGUUUGCUCAGUCCACCAACCUCAAAUCACACAUCCUGACACACGCCAAAGCCAAAAACACCCAGUGAACCUCACACUGCUCGAGUCAUCUUCACCACGCUUUUACCAGAGACCACACCAGAACAUCCCUCUUCUCCAGUGUUCCUGCUGCCUCUUCUUAUAGCUUUAAUGCUCUGUGUGUCCGAGUGUGCACAUUGUGCACUUGUUCUGAGGCUCGUGAUCAUGAGAUGUUUUCUUCGGUCGUGACGGAGCAUGAACGAUCGGCUGGACGCUGCGGAGCGGCAGUAAACCUCACCGUUAACUCUUUCCUCCUUGUUUGAUCGUAUGUUAAAGGUCUUCUGUUAAUAUUCACACCUCACCUGUAUUUCAGUAAACUGUUAUUAAAGAGGCUUUCCUGGAA